AUGCUCCUGAAGAUCGCCACUGACCACAUCGAAGACGCGUUGGACUGCGAGAAGACGUGGCGUGAGUAUACCAGGCCUCUUGUCAUCAACGGAUCCUCUUCUCGAUUUGUCCGUUAUAAUGUAGAUGUGGAUGGAGAUCUACCGGGUCUUGAUGAUGUCAAAGCUCUUGAACCACUCCAGGCUAAAGUGAUAGAGAAGUUAUCGCAAGAUGCCAUCAGCAUCGCAAGUCUGGCCUUUCAGCUCAUGGCUACAUGUUUUUAUUUCAAUGUCGAGCGCAUACAGCAAUCCGCUCAAAACACGGCCACCGCCACAGGCCGCUUGCAUUGCCGUUUUGCAGAUGGUUCCCUAGAAAUGCAGGAGUUGGGCAAGCUGAUCCGCGAUCGGUCUUACAGAGAGAAGGACCCGUUCUUCCUGGUACGCGAAAGAGGCGUAAACGGCAGAUCUGGUAUGCAUAACAUCAACCACGACGUCAUUGGAGCCAUGAUCAACCACGGCAAGUUCACGAUGCGCAAAAUGAAGGUAGAAUUGGGCAACAAGCUCUCUGAAGUCGAGAUAUAUCUUUAUAUGGAUGAUGAGCAGCAGCACCCUAUCAGCGGGUUUCCUCGGUGCUUGUUUGAUGACGAGCAAGACAAAGCCAAAACCUUGCAUCCUCAGGCGAUCAACACUCGUCGAUGGGCCGGAAGGUCCAAUAGUAGGAUCUACCAGCGAAGUCUUUGGACUCCACCCUCAAGAUCUAAGAUAUCGCGUCGCGAAACGAUUUCGCGCUAUUCCGACCCGAACCAUGUCAUGGGCCAUGCUACUCUUGAACAACUUCAGCGAACGUUGUCACCCCAAGACUCUGGUUCUGCUGAUCACGACGGUCGUCUACGAUCAACACCGACUGUAAUCCCAGGUAUAUGGGAAAUAGGUUCAAAAGAGGUCGUUCCUGUGAGCGAUGUGUUCGAGCUGGAGGGGGAUAAAUCCCAGUUUUUCCGGAACCCACCUCUGGCGUACGCUGAGAAACGCAAUGAUAGCAGCAGAUCCUGCCACAAUGAGAGCUAUGUAGCUUCCCCAUCCGAAUCUGACGUCAUUGUCGGAGAAGCUGCACGACCACGAGGCCAGGCUCCGGAAAUUGCAUUUGCAGUCAUUCAAAGGCAGGCUGAUGCAGUCGCUGCUGAGAUGCAGCUUGCGUUGAAUACUGAUGUUCUUGGUGUCACCGAGGAGGGUCCUUCAGAUGAUACCCCAGUUUCCCCUCCACCAGAAUUCGCACCUCUUGAGCGGGCGCCAACCCUAUCGCACACGCUUCCCCCUCUCGGUGCAUUUGAGCCCGUUAGGUUUUCGAUCACGGUGAACCGGAACACAUACGAAGAAGCCCCGGGGCUUGAAGCUGGGGCGCGGGGCUCUGGUCAGUGGCAUUGGGAUAUCAACUUCUAA